GGUCGACUUUUAUCGCUUACUAAUCUACUAGUUGCUGUCGCUUUUCAAAUGCUUUGCAGGGUCUUAUUAAGCGUUGUUGUUAUUGUUAUGGUUAUUAUUUAACAAAUACAGCAUCAAUAUCAUUAUAUACGAUUGGUCGGGCAUACAUUUACUCAAUUCAACUGAUUCCGUUUUGUCGUGCGUUAAAUGUCGUGACUUUUCAUCAAACGUUGCAGCACAUUUUAGCUUCAGCUAAGCGAGGCGGCGAAUAUCGUUAAAAAAGACAUUUAACAUACUGCAGGUGUUUUUGUUAUAAGCUUUUGUCUUUUAUUUAUUUUUUUUUUAAAUUUAAUUAAAAAGAAUUUCAACACUUUGUAUUCAAACGAAAGAUGCUGCCAUCAUUGUUGUUACCAUGAAGGAAUCCGUUAAAGAAUCGCAUAAAUUAAUAAAGGACGGUAAACAGACGGAACAUAGUAAAGCCAUUAAAAAUUCAUCCCGAGAUAUUAAUAAAAAUAUUUUAAACGAUCGCAACGAUCGCAGUCGUUCAUCAUUAAAUAGCCCGGUUGUAUGGUAUGAAACGAAGAAACCGUUUCGUUGGCGACCGCUUGCGUGGAGACGUAAACAGUGGCUUUUAUUAUUGUCUUUGGCAAUAUUUGUGUUUCUUGUAAAUGCUACAUUAAAUCAUUUAGACAAUGGCGAUCCCGACAAUGCCAGCGAUCUGGAUAGGGAUGGCGAUGAAAAAAAUUUCAGAUUGCAACACUUGCAUUCACAUGUGCCGGGCAUGAAAGCGGUCCAGCUGCUCUCACAGCAUUUCAUCUUUACCAGUAGGACGGCAACCACAACAGAGCACAAGCCUCGUAUUACUACAAAUGAUCUAACUUUAAACUUAUCUUCAUCUUCUUCUUUUUCUACUUCUUAUUUUACUGAAAAUGUUUCCGCCGCGCAUAAUUCUCACAUACCUCCGCCGCCGACAGGUUAUCUGGUUUGGAGUGAACGUUGCAAAAUGCCGAAUUUGGAUCCAUAUUUACCAGAAAUGAUGCGUCAUUUUAAGCGAGAGAAAUAUAAGCCGUGCCACAUCGAGACGCCCCUAACGCGAAUUGAAUUCAAUCAAACGUUCGGCCGUUACACGCUAAGAAUCAAUCAAGAGCUUGUUAAAGUGUAUAGUAAAAAGAAGCCUUUGGACUGUUGUUAUCAAACAAUAGAGCGUAAUAGCACAGGUGGUAGGGCGGAUUGUGAUGUGAGUCUAUCGGAGUGCUUAAGUUUUCGUGAUCGUACCCCGCUGGCCUCUACCAUAGAUAAUAUUUUGGUUACUUGUCGCGCGAACCGUAAACAGAUUUAUAGAAACGGUCAUCCCUUAAUGCCUGAACGUCCAGACAUACGAGAACGUCUGAGCGCCUGGAAGAGAUAUGACAAAACACAUAACCGCAAAAAACCGCCAAAUGUGCUGAUGAUUGGCAUCGAUAGUAUAUCAAGGAUAAAUCUAAUACGUGCCAUGCCAAAAACAGCCCAAUAUUUAUACGAUAAUGAAUGGUUCGAAUUGAGCGGCUAUAAUAAGGUAGAAGAGAUUCUUUUAAAUUCAUCUAUCAAAAUUGAUCUUUUGCAGAUUGACGACAAUACGUUUCCCAAUUUAAUGGCUAUACUUACCGGUCUCAAUAAGACAACUGCCUUAAAACGUUGUAAGCCCACUGUCUUGCACGGUUUGGAUAAUUGCAAUUUCAUUUGGCAUACAUUUCGUAAAUAUGGUUACGUUACCGCUUAUGCUGAGGAUGAGGCCAGCAUCAACACCUUCAACUAUCUGAAAGUGGGCUUUGAGCAACCACCAGCUGAUUAUUAUUUAAGACCAUUUCUAUUGAGUGCCGAGCAGCACUUGCAAGUGAAGUUGAAAUCAAACUUAAUAUAUUGUUUGGGUUAUCAGCAUUCCGCCGAUUAUGUUUAUGAAUACGCAUUGGAACUAUCCAGACGUUAUCGCAAUGAUACAUAUUUUGGUUUAUUUUGGACAAACACCUUUAGUCAUAACGCCAUCAGCGAUUGUACUAGUAUGGAUGGUCGCAUGGUCGAAUACUUGAAACGGUUUGCCGAUUCGGGAACUUUAAAUGAUACCAUAGUGAUAUUUUUCAGCGAUCAUGGUAUGCGCUACGGACCCACGCGCAAAACAAAUUCGGGACAUUUAGAAGAGAGACUGCCAUUCAUAUUUUUAUGGUUACCGCAGCAGCUUAAGCAGGAAUAUCCGAGUUUUGUAAGUGCCUUAAGUACGAACAAGAACCGUUUGACGAAUCCCUACGAUUUACAUAUGACUCUUAAGCACAUACUUGCUUUAACGGGACGAGUGAAAAAUAAGCUAGACGAACUUGCCCCAUCUGAAUCGUGUCCUCGGUGUCAGAGUCUUUUAAAACCUGUACCCUAUAAUCGUUCGUGCGACGAUGUAGCGAUUGAAGCUCAUUGGUGCACUUGCCUACACUAUCAGAGCAUCUAUAAAAAUUCCAAAACUGUCGUCACCCUUACCCACCUACUCAUCGAUCACAUUAAUGACUAUGUCGAGAAUUUCCAAAACAAAAGCUUUGCAAAACUGUGCGUACCAUUAACGUUCGAUCAUGUCGAAAGCGCCUAUCGAUCACAAUUAGAAUUACCUGAUAAACAAACUGACCCGAACACCUAUCAAGAUAUUUAUCGCAUUCUAUUUUACACUAAACCCAAUAAGGCCCUUUUUGAGGCUACCGCCAUUUACAAUUCCGUAACCGGUUAUAUGAAAGUGACGGGCGAGAUAAGCCGCUUAAACUCUUAUAGUCACGAUUCCGAAUGCGUUUCGGACGGGGGAGCAAAAAAGUACUGUUCGUGUCAUAAGAAGAAAAUAUUCUAGCACAAAAUUUUCAUACGGAGAAGCACAAAGAAUGCACAACAUAAAACCAAAAAAUUACAAUGAAAU